GCUGGCGGAGAGGAAAACAGUGGCAGCAGGAGGCAGCAGAAGUUGGACAGCGCUGCCUUUUGUCGCCUUUCCCCUGCGCUCACGACCAGCCAAGCUCCCCUGCGAUCCGCCAAAUUAUCCUGCGCGUCUUCGUUUUACGACUGAAAAGUUACUCAUCUAGAUUUCAUCAGAGAAAAGUGCUCGGCAGACCCUCAGAUGUCCGAGCCUCUGCUGAAGAUGAUGGAGGACUCGGUGAGCAGCUUCGAGACGCAUCUAACGGCCGUCAUGGACAGCCUGGUCCGCGCCUCCGUGUGCGAGGUGUCCAAACUCUUCCAGGAGACGGUGAACGACUACCUGGUGGAGCUGACGCUCAACAGGAAGGAGAACGAGGCUCUGCGGCUGCGGCUCAAGCUCACGGAGAGCAAGCUGAGGACGGAGCGCAAGUACGGGCUGGGCUGGGCGGCCAGCCGCCGCAGCGCCGGGCUGGCGGAGGAGGAACCCGGGGGACGCGGCAAGCGCAAAGUUGACACGGCCCGAGGCAAGUCAAAAAAGGGCCCAACAGCAGCCUGUGGCAAAAGCUGGCCUGGAGGAGUGUGGGAGGAAAGUGGAGGAGGAGGUGGUGGCGGCAGUGGCAGUGGGGGAGGAGGAGGAGGAGGAGGAGGAGGAGGAGGAGGAAGUGGCGGAGCUCUGGGCAUGGUAGCAGGAGGUGGAGGAAGAGGGGGUAACGAGGCCAACUACCUCAUCCCGCUCCCCCGGGAUGAAGAAGAUGAGGGAGGGAUGGUGGAGGAUGAGGAAGGGGAGGGCGGCCUCAGCGGCGAGGGGGAGGAGACGGCCAACAUCAAAGAGGAGUUUAUCCAAACGGAGGGCUAUCAGCCGGCCUCUCUGCGGCUGAUUAAGGAGGCCUUGAAGAUGGAACCAUCCAACCAAAGCCUCCGCCUUGGCUCCAGAGCCCAGAGUGAAGCAGACCUGUCAGAUCAUCCUCCGACUCUUCCUGCCGGACAGAAAGCAGAAGAGGGCUGGGAGGUGAGCUCCACCGCACCGUCGGGAGGAGGCAUGACCAUGGACGAGCUGCGAGGACUGGAGUCUGCACUGAGAGCGGAGAGAGGCCGCGAACAGGCUUCGCAGCAAGACGUGGAGAGGCGAGGGAGCGAGGCCAGCUCACCCCCGAAGUACAUCGGUCUUGAUGGGAUGGAGCAGGAAGGAGAGGUGGAGCCUCGGCCGCCCACUCUGCAGAGAGAGGAGCAGGUAGCGCCGGGAAGAGUGAAGGAUGGAGCAUGGGCAGGAGGGGUCGGGGUGGUGGAACUGAGGGUGGGCUGGUCAAAGAAGCUGAGAGACGGCGACCCGGCGGCGGCGAGGCCUGCGGAGGAGGCGGCGGAGCAGGCGGAGUCGGAGCCGCUGUCCCAGCCGUCUGCUCCGGGCAGCGUCAGCGAGAGCGCGGGGGAAGAGGAGACCGGUGGGGACCUGCUCAGCUUCUGCCCGCAAUGUGGGGGAGGCUUCGCUUCCGCGUCCGAGCUGGAGGAGCACCCCUGCCCGCUAGGCGGCGUUCAUUUACAAAGCGGUGGAGGGGAGGACGGCCUUUUCCCCUGCGCUCAUUGCGGCAACACGUUCAGCCACGCGUGGGCCCUGAAGAACCACGAGUGCGCCUGCGCCGCCGAGCGGCCGCACUGCUGCGAGAUCUGCGGGAAGCGCUUCACGCACUCGCGCUCGCUGGAGCGGCAUCACCUGGUGCACACGGGCGAGAGGCCGCACCGCUGCCCGCAGUGCGGCCGCAGCUUCAGCCGCCUGGGCAACCUGGAGCGGCACCAGCGGAUCCACACGGGGGAGCGUCCGUACGGGUGCGAGGCGUGUGGGAAGCGCUUCAGCCGCGUGGAGUACUUGAAGAGACACCAGCUCCUGCACAACAGCGAGAAGGCGGCGCUCCUGUGCUCCAACUGCGGGAGGAGCUUCAGCGACGUGGAGCAGCUGAAGAACCACCAGUGCUUUUAGAAGGUCCUCCUUCAAACCUGCUUGAACUCGAGACAGCUGGGGGAUUGCAGAAUGUGGCUCAUGAAUGUGACUGAUACACUGUGUUUUUGUCAGUGAUUAUCUCUUAAGAAUAAGAAGCACACGUGUGGGGAAAAGUUUACUUGGAAAGAAACUAAAUGUAAAUGUUUCUGUAUAGGAAGAAAAAGAAAAGUCUCAGUCUUUUUCAUUUUUUUUAUUUUUUUGUCUAUGUGAAAAACCUAGACUUAUUUAUUACUAUGACAUUGUGCACUUUUAUCAGUAUAGCAAUAAUGAACUAAUGUUGAAGACUUUGUGUUCCUUCUGACACUAUAUUUGACAGUUUUGUAUGUUUGUUUGUAUUUUGUAUGUAUGUG